CGUAUUUCACACUCGCCCGGGACUGUGUAGUACGGUGCUGCACGCUUGAAAGUACGCGUCCGCACGGUGUGUCGCUCUCUCUCUUUAGACUCAAAAGAAAUCGAAAUAUCAAGGCUUGAAGAUGCAGGCAAUGGUCGGUUCGAUUCCGGAGUUCCACGGACGUUACGACGAUUGGAACGUGUACCAGGAACGGCUGGAACAGUUUUUCGAGGUGAACGAAAUUCCGGAAACGAAGCGCACGGCGCUGCUCAUCUCGGUGGUCGGCGGUGACUCGUACAAAACGCUCCGGGACCUAUGCCAUCCGGUGCUGCCGAAGAACAAAACGUUCGACGAGUUGUGUGCGUUGCUAAGGAAACAGUAUACACCGCAGGUGGCCGUGUUCCGUGAGCGUACCAUCUUCUACAACUCGCGCCAGGAACCGCUCGAAUCGGUGACCUCGUGGUAUGGGCGGCUGAAGAAGCUGUCGGUGGAUUGCCGGUUCGGCGAGAAUCUGGAGGCAGUGCUGCUGGACAAGUUCGUGACCGGGUUGCGUAGUGGCAUGAUCAUGGAUCGGCUGUGUGAAGAGAAUGAGGGCCUGACGCUCGAGCUGGCGUUGGAGCUGGCCGUGAAUAAGGAGUGUGCACUGAAGGUUGAAUCGACCGGUGACGUCUGAGCUAAGCUUUAGUUAUGUUGUAGCCUUUAAGCAUGGGAGGGAUUAAAUGGGAAGAGCCCACUUGGGAGGCCACUGUGAGAUGAUUCUGUGAAUGCAUGCGUGAAGUGGUUGGUGGUGCCAAGUGUUUGGAGCAGCAAGUCAAUGUAAACAAAAUACAACAAAAAAAAUACCCUUAAUGUAUUCAUUUAUAGUUACUUAAACACGUAGUCUAAGCAAAGUACGUUAAUAAAAGCGCCCACGAUCGUGCCGGAUCGGGGCCGCAAGUGUGUGACACGAUAAAA